AUGGAAUGCUUUGUAGUUACUUUAGCUCUGGCAGUCUUGUUAGUAACACAAGGAAGCCAUUUUAGUUUCUGUCUGGCCUCCUCUGCUUCUUCUACAGACUCUGUUUCUAACUGGUUUCACUGGCCGUGGAAGAAGCCGCCGUUUAUAUGGCACCCCAAAGUUCCAUCUUGGCCACCUCCACAACCCCCGAUCGAGACGCAUCCUCCACCAGAACAGUAUCCACCACCAACGACAUAUCCUCCACCGAUGCAAUAUCCACCGCCGAUCGAGACGCAUCCUCCACCGGAACCGCCAACGACAUAUCCUCCACCGGUGCCGUAUCCACCGCCGAUCAAGACAUAUCCUCCUCCGCCGUCACAUUAUCCUCCAUAG